AUGUACAAGAUGGCGUCGUUAGCCGGUGUCUUUUUGGCCGCCUUGGUGACCCUGUCUAGCGCCCUCACAGAUGAACAAAUCUCUGUCUUCAUGACGACCGAGAUGGUGGAGACCAACACGGGUCUGAUGGGCGUGAUAUCGAUCGAGACGGCCGACGGGAUGCACACCAUUACGAGUAACGGUGUCCCUGAUCAUUUGACUCCCGAGUAUCCGAGGAUGGGCAACCCGAACGACAUCGAGACCCAAUCCCACUUGUGGACGGUACCGGUUAAUCCCAGCGUUGCUGAUUCGAACACAGCGCUUCCCAUGGGACCAAUUGGUGUUGCCAUCAAUGGUAUCCCAUUAUUCAACCCCUUCACCAUCACAGGUGAAGACGCGGUAUUGACCGAGACUUUUGACAGUUGUGACGGCCAUCCUGAUCCCAUGGGAGUCUACCACUAUCACAAGCAGCCUGCGUCCUGCGUGUUCACCAUCGUGGACGGGGAACCAUCGUCAAUCAUCGGUGUGGCAUUAGAUGGGUUCCCAAUCUACGGCCCCAUCGAUGAGAAUGGCAACACGUUAAAAUCAGAUGAUCUAGACGAGUGUCAUGGUCGGUAUGUUAACGGGGAGUACAGGUACCACACAACGGCUGAUUUCCCGUACAUUUUAGGGUGUUUUAAGGGCGAGUAUACAGCUUCGGGCGGUGGUCCCCCUGGCCCACCGGGCGGGGGUGGCAGUCUCCCACCACCUGAAACAACUGACCCUAUUAAUGGUCAGAAAAUCGUUCAAGACGUCAGAGACGGUGUGGCAGGGGAUAAUGUGUGCCUCCCCACCUCCGCCCCCAAUACGGCGAUUUGUGUGCCAAAUUCUUCUGAUAGCGCCCUCUUUUGA